AUGACGGUUGCAACGUUGAAGCGUCGAGACCCCACAAAUGCUAACACUUCUUGCAUUAUCGGUAACUCUGCUACCGAUUAUGGCGAAGAAGCGUCUCGCAUGGGGCCCAGCCAGCAGUCUUCUCAAGUUUUCCAACAGGGUCGUACAGUGGCGUGUCCCCAUAAAAAUUGCGGAAAACUUUUUCGUGACAAUUCUGCCAUGCGUAAACAUCUCCACACGCAUGGACCUCGCGUGCACGUCUGUGCUGAGUGUGGUAAGGCUUUUGUCGAAUCAAGUAAGCUAAAACGCCACCAGUUGGUUCAUACGGGAGAAAAGCCUUUUGAAUGCACAUUCGAGGGCUGUGGGAAGCGUUUUUCCCUGGAUUUUAACCUUAGAACACAUUAUCGGAUCCACACGGGUGACCGUCCUUACCUUUGCCCUGUCGAAGGCUGUAGCAAGCGCUUUGCUCAAUCAACCAACUUAAAGUCCCAUCUUUCCACACACGCGAAGGUCCGCUAUCGGGGUGGUCGAGCCUUCACCUCAUCGACUUCAUCAUCCUCAGCACCUUUAGUUCCGCCCAGCGGUAGUGGUAUGGGUCCCGAUUACGCAGUUCUACCACAGGCUUCUCAACAACAGCGCACACAAAUACUGUCAUCUGCAAGCGCUUCUCCUUCUGUAUGUGUCCUCCAACCUGGUACGGUCGUCCCUUCCACUUCAUCCUAUCACUCCCAACACUCAAAGCCUUAUCCUUGUACGCCUCCCUCAAACUCUGCACCCCAUUCAUCUGCGUAUGGGAUCGAAGCGGCCUCCCUCGUUGAGGGAGACGAUGACAGUGACGCCGUUCCCACUCAUCAGACGGGUCUAAUCAUUGACGAGGCUUCCCCCCCUCAUUCUCCUAAUCGUCGCGACAUCGAUGGCGCAAGCUAG